ACUCAAUAUAAGUACCGGUAAUAAUUACAUUUGAGCAGUAUUUUUUUCUGUAUUGUGUUACCCUUGUAAUACUGUUCUUCCGAAAGUUUGACUUCAGAUAUUUCUAUAUCAGAUGCGCUUGAAAGUAGUGUAUUUGUCGCGCUUGUGUAAACGAAGUUUCAGUUGUUCUCGGCUAGCACGAACAAACAAACAGUGGUGUGCACCACCGCAAACUUUUGAACUUGAUGGAAUAUCAUUAUCGCCCGAUGAAAAAUGGAAUUUAUCGCCAGCUGUAUUACGAACAUUGCAGAGACGUUUGCUUUUUGAAAUUGACAAUCCACUCUGUCUGCUCAAACAACGUAUUGUCAAUUUUAUUUAUGGAAAGUAUCAAGUGAAAGGUGGAAUGUCUCCGCAGUUUGCAGUGGUUGAUAAUCAGCCACGAAUAGUUUCUAUAUUUGACAAUUUUGAUUCCUUGCUUGUACCUACAAAUCAUGUCAGUCGGAGUGUCCAGGAUACUUAUUACAUCAACAAAGAUUACUGCUUAAGGGCACAUACAUCGGCGCAUCAGCAUUCUCUGAUCAGUCAAGGUCUAGAUAACUUUCUUGUGAUCGGUGAUGUGUAUCGACGUGAUGCAAUCGAUAGCCUUCACUUCCCAUGUUUUCAUCAGAUAGAAGGUGUGCGCUUGUUUACUGCUGCUGAGCUGUUUGACGAUUCAUUAAGUCGACAUCCGAAACCACUUUUUACGAACGAUAGAAGAACUGCAAAGAAACAGGGACAGCAUACGAAUAAUGUUGCAGAAUGUUUAAUCAAGGAUUUAAAGGCAACUUUGGAGACUCUCUGCCAUCACAUAUUUGGCACUGAAUAUGACAUGAGAUGGGUUAAUGCAGAUUUCCCAUUCACAUAUCCAUCAUUUGAACUUGAAGUUUAUUAUGAAGACAAAUGGAUAGAAAUUCUUGGUUGUGGUAUUAUGGAGCAAGAUCUUUUGAAAAUGGCUGGCAUUAUGGAUAAAGUUGGUUGGGCAUUUGGUUUGGGCCUUGAAAGACUUGCUAUGGCUGUAUACGGGAUUUCGGAUAUUCGGUUAUUUUGGAGCCGUGAUUCAGGAUUUUUGACACAAUUUGCUGGAAAAUCUCCCAGUGAAAAUUUCAAAUAUGUACCUGUUAGUAUUCAUCCGCCAGUACUGUAUGAUCUAUCAUUUUGGCUUCCGGCGGGUGUUGAUCCCGAAGAGAUGGCUGCUGAAACUUGCGAUUUGAUACGUUCCAUAGGUGAUCAACUUAUUGAACAGGUCAAAAUAAUUGAUACAUUCGAGCACCCAGAAACAAAGAGAACUAGUCAGACCUAUCGUUUGAUAUACCGAAGCCAUGAAGAAGCUUUGAAGAAAGAGGAGGUGAACCAAGUUCAUUUUAAAAUCAGACAAAAAAUUGUUGAAAAUUAUGGCGUUGUAUUGCGGUGAUGAUUUUAUCUUUGUUCUCAAAUCUUUCAGGGAAAUGUAUUGUGUUAUCGCACUGCAAAUGAAAUGAAAUGCAGUACACAUUUCAAUCUUUGUAAUGCGAUUAAUACUGUAACAUACGAGCUGUUUUGUUUUGGAUUAACUUUCAAUUGGGAUGAUUCAGUAGAUUUUGAAAUAAAUUAAAUGCGACAAAAUUUUAGCGUGAAAAAUCGAAAACAU